AUGCCUGAUGUCAGUGAGCUAAAAAUCAUUGAUGGCGCUCUUCCCUGCAUUGAAGGUUUGUAUAUUGUGUCAAUGUCGAAGCUCGAUAAGGUCCCUCAAGGCAUUGAAUCCCUUCGCUCCCUUAAGAAGCUCUGGCUGUUGUAUUUGCACAAGGAUUUCAGAACUCAAUGGGACACUGAAGGAAUGGAUCCGAAGAUGCUACAUGUUCCAGAGGUUCGUGUUUAG